GGUACGGACUCCUUGCUAUAUUAACCUGCAUUGCAAACUUCAUAAACUUUGUUUAUUUCUGAACGUUAGGACCCUCAAGCCAGAAAUACUGAUGAACCUAUUUUGAAAGAAUGGCAUUGGCUUCGUUAACGGCAACCUACACGGAUUCAGAGGGCGAAGAUGACGUCAACGAGUCGGAAAAUACUGGUACAGUUACAAUUGAAACACCACAAACUUCGCCCGAAAAAUCCACGCCAACUUCGCGACCAUCUACACCGGUUCAAUCAACAAUAACAACACGCGUUGCGAAGUUGGUUUCUUACCACGACGACACGGUGGUGUCAGACGACGAGAACCAUGACGAUUCGGCAGAAACACCUACAACAGUUGUGAUAACUGAAAUACCAGAGGAUAUACCCAUAGAACCAGAACCAGUUGAUGAAGAUGGUAUUCAACUACCUCCUGAACCGACAGGCCAGUGUGCACCUGAGGUUCAAGAAAAGUUCACAAAACUCUAUGAGAAGAUGAGAAAGAAUGCAUUAGACAUGAAUGACAUAAUACAAAGAAGAAAAGAUUUCAGAAAUCCAAGUAUUUAUGAGAAACUUAUCUCAUUUUGUGGCAUUAAUGAACUAGGCACAAAUUAUCCGCCAGCAAUUUAUGAUCCACAUAAAUGGAACAAAGAGUCUUAUUUUGAUGAACUUGUCAAAGUGCAAAAUGUUGAGAUGGAUAAACGUGAAAAGGAACGCAAGUCUAAAGUUGAGUUCGUAUCAGGAACAAAGAAGCACGAGGAUGAUGCCAAAAAACGAAAAAGCAAAUGGGAUCAACCAGGUGGUAAUUCUGUGGGAAAUAUUAAACCUGCUGGUUUGGUGCAGCCCUCAUUAACAAAUAGUGCAACAGGGACUAAGGCGACUGUCAUUUCAGCUUUUGGAUCUUUGCCUAAGAAACCUAGACCAUAGAAUGAAAUGUAGAUUAAAUUCAAAUAGGUACUUUAUAAGAUAAGAAAUAAAUUAUUAAUCGUACGGUA